AUGGCAUCGUUGAAGAAGGGCGUCCUGGCCGCGGCGUUCGUGGUUGCGUUGGUGUUCGCCGUGGCGGCGGUGGCGGUGGCGGCGAGCAAGUUCGACGGUGUGGUGCAGCCGAGCUGGGCCAACGACCACGUCGUCUACGAGGGCGACCUCCUCAAGCUCCGACUCGACAGCUCCUCAGGCGGGGGAUUCGCGAGCAAGAACAGGUUCCUGUAUGGCAAGGCCACCGCCGAUUUGAAGCUUGUGCCUGGGGACUCCGCCGGCGUCGUCACGGCUUUCUAUCUGUCGUCUGCCGGGGACAAGCACAACGAGUUCGACUUCGAGUUCCUGGGCAACGUCACCGGCGAGCCCUACCUGGUGCAGACCAACCUCUACAUCGACGGCGUCGGCAACCGGGAGCAGCGCAUCGACCUCUGGUUCGACCCCACCACCGACUUCCACACAUACUCCGUGCUCUGGAACCCCAGCCAGGUCGUCUUCCUCGUCGACGACACGCCCAUCCGCGUCUACGAGAACAAGACCGCCACCACCAAGGGCCACCACCACCACCGCAACGGGACGAACACCACCACCUCCUCCGCGGACAUCGCUUUCCCGUCCCCGCAGCCCAUGGCGGUGUACAGCUCCAUCUGGAACGCGGACGACUGGGCCACCCGCGGGGGGCUCGUCAAGACGGACUGGUCCCACGCGCCCUUCGUCGCCACCUUCCGGGACGUCAGCGUCGAGGGCUGCGCCUGGGCGCCCGACGCCGCCGACUCCGACGCCGGCGAGGUGGCGCGAUGCACGGGCACCCAGUGGGGCAAGGAGGGCAGGUACUGGUGGAAGGAGAAGGACAUGCAGGAGCUCUCCGUGCACCAGACGCACCAGCUCGUCUGGGCGCGCGCGCACCACCUCGUCUACGACUACUGCGUCGACACCGACCGGUUCCCAGUCCAGCCGCCAGAGUGCGCUGGCCGCUGA